AUGUUCCAUGUCUUUGACCCCUUGGGCAGUAACGCGAACACUCACCUCAUAGUCCUGCACAUGGCACCAGCGCCAUUCUCAGUUGAGGACGCAAGGAGCUCUCUUCUUGAGGAUGGAUUCUACCAUUUGGUUGAUCCAGAGCAGCCGGAACGGAACGUCGAGAUGGAGCCGGAGGACUUUGCUCUUGCCUCCGAGUACGGCCUGAAUUUCUGCAAGCUGAAAGUCCUUGAUGAUAUGGUUAGUGAAUCACGGUAA